AAGGGAAGAGGGAGGAGUAGACGCAAGCCCACGCGAAUCGAAUCGAAUCGAAACGAACCGAGAGAGGAAGGAAUCAUCCGUCCAUUCGCCGCCGAGAGGAGGGAGACGACGAGGAGGGGGUUGGUGGACGCAGCGAUGCAGGCGCACAGAUCGCCGGCGAUGGUGGGGGGCGGCGCCGGGGCCGCCGUCGUCGGGUCGCCGUCCCCAGCGACGGUGCCGGUGAGGCGGCGCUGCGAGGGCACGGCCAUGGGGGCAAUCACCCUCGACCUCCGCCCCGGCAACGGCGUCGGCCCCUUCACCCUCGGGAUGCCGAUUUCCGAUGCGUUCGCGCAGAUAGAGAGCCAGCCCACCCUCUACGACGUUGUCCACGUGAAGUACUUCGAUGAGGAGCCUCUAAAGUUGGAUUUUGUCAUAAGCUUUCCGGACCAUGGGUUCCACCUGCGCUUCGAUCCUUGGUCACAGAGGCUCCGUCUCAUUGAGAUUUACGACAUGAAAAGACUGCAAUUGCGAUAUGCGAAGUCUUUAAUUGGUGGCCCAUCAACAUUAGCCACUUUUGUGGCUGUUUAUGGAUUAUUCGGACCUACUUUCCCCGGUAUAUAUGACAAAGAGAGGGGCAUUUAUACCCUCUUCUAUCCAGGUUUAUCCUUUGCAUUCCCUAUUCCCAGCCAAUAUACAAAUUUAUUUACCAAUGGGGAAGUGGCAGAUUUGCCUCUGGAAUUUCCUGAUGGAACAACCCCUGUUACUUGCCGGGUUUCUAUAUAUGACAGCUCAACGGAUAGCAAGGUUGGGGUUGGAUCACUGAUGGAUAAAGCAGUUGUUCCUGCAUUACCUGCAGGCAGCCUGUACAUGGAGGAAGUGCAUGCAAAGCUUGGUGAAGAGCUUUUGUUCACAACAGGGGGACAGCAUAUUCCUUUUGGUGCAUCACCACAGGAUGUGUGGACUGAGUUGGGUCGUCCGUGUGGCAUCCACCAGAAGCAGGUUGACCAGAUGGUAAUACACUCAGCAUCAGAUCCCCGCCCUCGGACAACUCUUUGCGGGGAUUACUUUUACAACUACUUCUCUCGUGGUAUCGAUAUCUUAUUUGAUGGACAGACGCACAGGAUAAAGAAGUUUGUUUUACACACAAAUUUCCCUGGCCAUUCAGAUUUCAAUUCCUAUAUGAAAUGCAACUUUGUUAUCUAUGAUACUGAAGCUGAAGGGACAGAUCAACCUGGUAAUAUACCCAAGAAUUGCAUAACCCCUCGCACAAAGUGGGAACAAGUCAAGGAGAUCCUUGGUGACUGUGGUCGAGCAGCAAUCCAGACGCAAGGCUCCAUGAAUAAUCCAUUCGGGUCAACUUUUGUCUACGGAUAUCAGAAUAUUGCUUUUGAGGUCAUGAAAAAUGGAUAUAUUGCAACUGUCACAUUAUUCCAAUCAUGAGUGCUAACAGCUGAUGGUGAUGCAAAUCCAAGCUGCACCUGCAUUAAUGGUUGACCACCAAAUGGUACUGUAAGAAAGUGCUUGGUUCUGGCCGUGGAAUGCAGCGAUAGCGUUCAGCAUGGAUAAGCAUCACUAAAUUGUAUUCAUUCUGUAGAUACAACUCAUUGUACAGGAACUAAUUGUAUCCUGCAAUCUUACGUUUUGUACAUAUGAUAUUUAUUUGUUGAAACAAUACUUCAGUUAUACCAGCUGUUACUGCCUGUUCAACUCGAUCCCAGUGGUGAAGUUAUGGGCGCAUUUUUCUUUCCUUCUAUUUACCUCAUCUUUCUCUCGUAUAUGAAUGACAAGCAGAUGGUUUCUGAUGGCUGGUUUCAGUCAUCCAAUUCC